AUGAUCACCUUUCUAGCGUUCAUUGGUCAACCCAAAUUUAUUUUUCAACCUCAUCUACACAUACCUUGGCUCACUAAUGUACGACAUGUACGACCGCUUGAGUGUAUUUCUGAUGCUGAUCAACCUGGUUGGCCACGUGCUGUACAACUUGCCGAUAAAUCUCUACUGGAUGAUCAUCUCACCAUUGUCAUUGUCACAGCACGACCCGAUUUUAAACGGAUACCACUCUCACUAGCUUCACUCGUAUGUCAUCUUGAUUAUCGCAAACUUAGUGAGGUCAUAUUACUCGUUCCUCGUCGACACGUAUCAUAUCUUGAGCCAUUUCUUGCCGGUCAAGCUGUCAAUCAUUGGCCAUGGCCCAUUUCGAUCAUGCCCGAUGAUAUUGUCUUAAAACAUUCUCACACACAUUCAUAUCGUCUUCAAAUGAUGUUCAAGUUAGUGAUUGCUCAGAUAAUCAAAACCGAAUUUUACAUGAUACUUGAUUCGGAUUGUAUUGCUCUCUGGCCUAUCCAUGUCGAACAAUUGUUGUUGAAACAGCAAGUGUCAACUUCGAAAAUGAAGCAUAAUACACCAUCGUAUCGAGCUUUGUAUCAACUUGAAGAAAGAUCAGAUCAUGCAGAAUGGUGGCCCGAAAGUGAACAGGUACUACAAAUCGAACCGAACACAUGCAUCACAAAUAAUCCAUCGGCGAAAACCAUAGGUGUUACACCAGCUAUUCUAUCGAAAUCGAUCGCAUUAAGAGCUUUGUGUCGAUUGCAGACACUUUAUGGUAGGUUUAUGGCUAGUAAAAAACUGAUAUUUCAAAUUAGUUUAAUUUAUAGGUGA